AUGGAGAACCCACACGAGGCAGAGCAGGCAGUCUUGCUCGAGAGGAUUAUCAAGAACGUAGACAAGUGCAAUGAGGCAGUCACAGAGAUGAACCACUGCAUCCGGGAGAUACUCGAGUCCUCCAAAGAAAUCCCAGUCACCGCUAAGCUCUUCACCAACUACUCCAGAAACGUCAACUACAACCUCGACGCGAUCGGAAAGAUGCCAAAGCCGCAAUGA